UCCGCGAGUUAACACAGUAAAACAAUAUGGCGGCCUCCAUGGUUCGGAGAAACAGAAUUUGAUUUUAUGAAAUAGGUUUUUGGUUUAUUGUACACAGUAACACUGCACAGUCUGACAAUACAAAUCAACUUUAGACAUGGACACAUCCAAAAAGCUGAAAAACUACAAACGUUUACCAUUAUACAUUGUUGAGGAUCACAAUGAGGUCCUCCCAUACGUUCACCGAGCCAUUGGAAGUCACCACCUGCCAUUUUCUAACCUGUUAUUUGUGCAUUUUGAUUCCCACCCAGACAUGCUCAUACCAAAAGAUAUGCCUGCAGAUGAGGUUUUCAAUAAGGAAGCACUUUAUGAAGGCAUCAGCAUAGAAAACUGGAUCAUGCCAUUGGUUUAUGCUGGUCAUGUCAGUGUGAUCCUGUGGGUCAAACCUCCAUGGUGCACACAGAUAGCAGAUAAAAACAUCCAGUUUUAUGUUGGCAAAUGUGCCACAACAGGCACAAUAAGGUGCAGUUGUAAGGAAUCAUAUUUUGUGAGUGAGACUCUGUACCGACCAGAAUCUGAGCUGACAAACAAGAAACUUGUCCAACUGAUUGUGUUUACUCUAAAACCAAGUGGCUGGAAGGAAAUGUCAGACUCCUGCAAAUCUGCUGAACAGAAACAGAAAGGAAAAGAUGGAAGUGAAGUUAUAGAAAUAGAGGGUAAAAAUAGAAACAUAUGUCAAAACAACAAAACAAGUACUGAUAGUAGUUCAUGUGUACUGGGACCACACUCCUGCUCUGCUGUCCAUGAAAACUUGAACAGGGACUGUGAGCAGCAGAAUGAAAACUUAAGGGGGACUAAUGAUGGUGAAUUUCACUGUGGAAGUUUAGUUCAAGCAGAGAUAGAGAAAACUUGCUGUGAUGGUGGAAAUUCCGACAAAUUAUCUGUUUCUGGUAGCACCGUCACUAAUGCUGAACACAGAAUAACAAAUGAAGGGAGGCACACUAGUGAAGCCGAACACAGAAUAACAAAUGAAGGGAGGCACACUAGUGAAACACAGAGAGACUAUGGUGACAGUGCGGGUACCAGCAAGUCCUUGUCGUCUUGUGGUAGUGGCACAUCCACUUCCAGUAACUCUGCAGGUGACAAAUUCAGGGACUCGUUGACAAAUAUCAGUGAGUUAUUGCAGGAAUUCUCAGACAAAACUGUGAUACUGGAUAUCGAUUUAGAUUUUUAUUCUACAAAGAACCCUUUUCUUGAAGUUUAUACACCCUCACAAUACCAGAUUCUGCAAGAGCUUUACUGCUUUCAGGCACCGUCAAGUAAUUCUGAUGAGGAUGUCGAGGAAUGUGUGUUAAAAAGAGAAGAGGAGUUGAAUCGUUUAAAGGAAGAGCUUUUGAAGUUCACCCAGUGCUCAGAACCUAAACUUAAUCAUUCUAAGAGUAAUCAAAUAAAAGCGUUAGUGGAGGACUUGAAAUCUUCUCGAACGAAUGACGAUCCAGUGAACUUUGACCUUCUGCAUGAGGCAGGGUGUACCUGUGAUGAUACCGAACUCCCCCACCAUGUCAGCAGUCAGGAGGAGAUAACUCUGUUGGUAGAUGCUACUCAGGACUUCUUGUGUCACCUCAAACGACCAACUAUAAUUACUAUGGCUAGAUCCAGCGAAGACGACUACUGCCCUCCAGACCAAGUAGAUCACAUCAUGUUCAGUGUAUUAGAAAUUUUACAAGACUUGUACUUGGAGGUAGAAGUUAGUACUGACUAUGAGUGAUCAGAGAAAAUUGCUAAUUAUUAAUAAGUAGCAUCUGAAGUGAUUAACAGCAUACCUCUAGAUUGUUAGGGGUCUCAAGUACAACUCGAAGUUUGAUGGAAUUGAAAAGAAGUUGGAGAAACUACAUUACAAGUCAAUCUGUUAUUGAAUUUAGGUUACAAUUUUGUGGUUUUGUUAUUCUUUUAAAAUAAAAUUACCAAUAGAGGCAUAAUGAUUAUCAGGAACUAAGGAAGUUCUUGAAUGAGUUAUGCCCCUUUAAAAUACAAUACACAAUAAAGCAUAAAAAUGCA